UGGCUGGAGGAAUCUCGCCUGCAAGCACGUCAGGAAGGGAUGUCUGGAUCCUGGUGCCAGCGACUGUGUGCUGGGGCGAGAGCCACCCUCGCCAGGGGUGCAGGCAGGCGAGAGGAGAGCCUGGGGCUUCGAGUCCGCCACACCGCGCCCUCAUUUGUGCGCAGCCCCGGAGGUCUAGAGUGGGGAAAAACCCCACCCUCUCCCAGGGCCCAACCGAGCACCGCAGCGGGAGACCCUCCUGCCAUGAACCAGUCCAUCCCAGGGGCUCCCACCCCGCCCCGCCGCGUGCGGCUGAAGCCCUGGCUGGUAGCCCAGGUGAACAGCUGCCAGUACCCAGGGCUUCAAUGGGUCAAUGGGGAAAAGAAAUUCUUCUACAUCCCCUGGAGGCAUGCCACAAGGCAUGGUCCCAGUCAGGAUGGAGAUAACACCAUCUUCAAGGCCUGGGCCAAGGAGACAGGGAAAUACACUGAAGGGGUGGAUGAAGCCGAUCCAGCCAAGUGGAAGGCCAACCUGCGCUGCGCCCUUAACAAGAGCCGAGACUUCCGCCUCAUCUACGAUGGGCCCCGGGACAUGCCACCUCAGCCCUACAAGAUCUACGAGGUCUGCUCCAAUGGCCCCGCUCCCACAGAGUCCCAGCCCCCUGAGGAUUACUCUAUUCCAGGAGAGGAGGAGGAGGAGGAAGAGGAAGAGCUGCAGAGGAUGUUGCCAAGUCUGAGCCUCACAGAUGCAGUGCCGCCAGGCCCCGCCAUGGCACCCUAUUCUUUACCCAAAGAGGAUGUCAAGUGGCCACCCACUCUGCAACCACCUACUCUGCAGCCAUCCGUGGUGCUGGGUCCCCCUGCUCCGGACCCCAGUCCCUUGGCUCCUCCCCUUGGCAACCCUGCUGGCUUCAGGGAGCUUCUCCCUGAGGUCCUGGAGCCUGGGCCCCUGGCUGCCAGCCUGCCCGCUGUAGGCGAACAGCUCCUGCCCGACCUGCUGAUCAGCCCCCACAUGCUGCCUCUGACUGACCUGGAGAUCAAGUUCCAGUACCGGGGGCGGCCACCCCGAGCCCUCACCAUCAGCAACCCUCACGGCUGCCGGCUCUUCUACAGCCAGCUGGAGGCCACCCAGGAGCAGGUGGAACUCUUCGGCCCCAUAAGCCUGGAGCAAGUGCGCUUCCCCAGCCCUGAGGACAUACCCAGCGACAAGCAGCGCUUCUACACGAACCAGCUGCUGGACGUCCUGGACCGUGGGCUCAUCCUCCAGCUCCAGGGCCAGGACCUAUAUGCCAUCCGCCUGUGUCAGUGCAAGGUGUUCUGGAGCGGGCCUUGUGCCUCAGCCCAUGACUCAUGCCCCAACCCCAUCCAGCGGGAGGUCAAGACCAAGCUCUUCAGCCUGGAGCACUUUCUCAAUGAGCUCAUCCUGUUCCAGAAGGGGCAGACCAACACCCCACCACCCUUUGAGAUCUUCCUCUGCUUUGGGGAAGAAUGGCCUGACCACAAACCCCGAGAGAAGAAGCUCAUUACUGUACAGGUGGUGCCUGUAGCAGCUCGAAUGCUGCUGGAGAUGUUCUCAGGGGAGCUAUCUUGGUCAGCAGAUAGUAUCCGGCUACAGAUCUCAAACCCAGACCUCAAAGACCGCAUGGUGGAGCAGUUCAAGGAGCUUCAUCACAUCUGGCAGUCUCAGCAGCGGUUGCAGCCUGUGGCCCAGGCCCCUCCUGGGGCAGGCCUUGGUGCUGGCCAGGGGCCCUGGACUAUACACCCAGCUGGCAUGCAGUAACAAGGCUGCAGAUGGUGACUGGCCCUGGCUUCCUGGGUGGCUGUGCAGACUAAUGUGGAGGUAUGACAGCCCCAGUGAGCACCUGGCUAGCUGCAGGGUCCCCCCUCUGGGUUUCCUGGAAGUGGAUUUGGGCCAAGAAGAGCAGGGAGACAGGCCUGAGCUCCUGCUCAAAGCUUUGCUUUGAGGGUUCUGUGUUCCCGGGCCUCUCUCUCCUGGGCUCUCUCUGGUCUGGUCAGCCUGGCUCCUGAGAAACUCAGCCAUGAGCAAGGAAGGAACCCCCCCCAACCCCCAACCCUUGGUCCUAGUUUACAGGAGGAAUUGCCUAAGGAUGGCCCACUCUUGUGAUUGCCCCAUUUCCUCUGGCAAAAAAAACCAGAGUGUUGUGAGCCAAGUCCCCCCGCAAGGCCUCUGCAGAGUAUGGCCGUGAUUUCCCUGGUUUGAGCCUCACUUCCUCAUCUUCCUCUCCUCUGAGAUAGAUAUGAGUGACCACUUAGGCAUCACAUCAGAUGCUCAAGGCUGGCAGCUCCCCCUUUUCUUGAGAGUCCAAGAACCUGAGAUAGAAAGAAUUUGUAUGUAUUUUUGGAUUAAUAAAUGUUAAAAACAUACUCAGCUGUUUCUUUUUUCUGCUACCAGUUGCUCCCAUGCUGCUCUGCCAGGCUGUUUUGGAUGCCAGCUGUUCCCCGAGCACCUGCCCCCUGCUUGUGGCUACUGGCAUCGGGAGGGCCUGCCUUCUGGGCUGAUGAGUCAGUUGGGCCUUCAUAAACACUCACCUGGCUGGCUUUGCUUUCCAGGAGGAAGCUGGCUGAAGCAAGGGUGUGGAAUUUUAAAUCUGUGCACAGUCUAGAAAACUGUCAGAAUCAGUUUUCUCUUAAGAAAUGGUGGAAAAGGACAGGCUAGCAUUGCAGCUGCAUUUGGGACCAUUCAAGUCUGUCAUCCUCAUGUAUAUUCCUGUGCUAUUAAACAUAUCAGGGCAAUGCAUCCUGAUAUAUUUAAUGUAUUUAUUAUAUUGUCCCCUGAGGUUGGAGUAGUGAGGUCUCACUGAUAGUCCUCCCAGAGCUGGCAGUUAAAGAGCCUGGCACCUACCCCCCACCCGUGUCACCUCUGCAGACUCCAGCCCCCUUUCUGCCUUCAGCCAUGAGUGGAAGCCACCCCAGGCCCUUACCAGAUGCAGAUGCCCAACUUGAUGCCCAGCCAUCAGAACUGUGAGCCAAAUAUACCUUUUUCUG